AUGGUUGGUGAACGUGACGAUAUGGUGAGUGGACAUGAUGGUAUGGUGAAUGGUGAUCAAGAUAUCGUGAAUGGACAUCACUAUGUGAAGAACAGAGAUCAUGUUAUGGAGAAUGAACAUGGCGAUAUGGUGAAUGGACAUCACGAUAUGGUGGGUGCAUGGGACGAUAUGGUAAAUGGACAUCACGAUAUGGUUGGUGAACGUGACGAUAUGGUGAGUGGACAUCACGAUAUGGUUGGUGAACGUGACGAUAUGGUGAGUGGACAUCACGAUAUCGUGAAUGGACUUCACUAUGUGGUGGAUAGAGAUCACGUUAUGGUGAAUGAGCAUGGUGAUAUGGCGAAUGGACAUCACGAUAUGGCGGGUGAACGUGACGAUAUGGUGAGCGGGCAUCACGAUAUGGUGAAUGGACAUCACGAUAUGAUGGGUGGACAUCCCGAUAUGGUGAAUGGAUAUCAUGAUAUGAUGGAUGAACAUCACAAUAUGAUGGGUGAACGUAACGAUAUGGUGAGUGGACAUCACGUUAUGGUUGGUAAACGUGACGAUAUGGUGAGUGGACAUCACAAUAUGAUGGAUGGUCAUCCCGAUGUGAUGAAUGAAUAUAUUAUGAUAUGA